AUGAACAAACAAAAAUGUGUACACUGCCGUGCAAGCGUGUCCGAGCUCACAAAAAUGUCAGAGGGCGGAGGAACAGUUCGACACGCAAUUUGCCCCUUCUGCAAAGAAGUCGCAGACAUCUACGCAAUCAACAAGACAGCACUCCCCAGGGACCUUUUUAUGUUCAAGCCAGAAGCCUUCACGCACCUGGUCUUCAACCUCCCGGGAGGAAGCUUCCGAAAAGUCCUGGCGUGGAGGGCCUUGCUCGUGCUUAUAAACACGCUAGACAGAGCAGCCUCCCCUGGGCCUGCAGAAAUAGGCAGGGCGAUUCUUCCGCAGCUUCUUGAAAUAUUCCUGCAGUGUGCGAUCAUGCACCGAUUUGUGGGCUACCAAAAAACCCUCUUUGUCACGACUGCGCUCUCUGCACUUUCUCUUCUGAAGGUGCUGAUUUUUUUCACAUUCAUUCCUAUAAGGAAUAUUUACUACCAAAUGUGCAACAUUCUUAUUUUGCUUAUGACGUCCAAGGCGCUUUCCACAUUUUUUAAGCGGGAAACAAAAUCAUUCCUUUCCUACAUAGUGACGCUAAGGGUGAUUUCAACCGGGCUUUUUUAUUUCGACUUUCAAAUUUAG